AUGCACCAUCCUUCCAUCACAACCGACCCAGGCACCGCUACAAGCGCUCCCACAGCCAUACUGGAGGUUGAAGAACCUGGAACUGAUCUAGCCGUAUCAAAAAGCCGAACAAUUGCUAUAAUCUCCUGUGUCACGUGUAUCACCGGCAUCAGCAACCUCCUCGCUGGGCUUCUGACAGUCUGCAUUCCCGUCACUUCAGCCGACCUCGGCAUACCGCCGGCGCUGCAGCUCUGGCCCGCUUCGGCCUUUGCUCUUGCGUGCGGUUGCACUCUGCUGCUUUGCGGAACAGUCACUGAUGUGCUGGGAUGUCGACGAGUUUGUUUCGUCGGUACUCUGGUCCAGGCUGCUAGCGCAGUUGGAAUCAUAUCUCGCAGCUUCCCUGCCGCCAGCAGGCCGCGCAGUCGAAGCGCUGCCUUCUCUGUCAUGGGCGGCGGCCAGGCUAUGGGCUUCGGGUUGGGGCUCGUGCUAGGCGGCAUCUUCAGCGACACGAUCGGUUGGCGCUGGGGAUUCUAUACCACCGGAAUUCUCAACGGUGCUAUACUGGCGCUUGCUCUUUGGGAGUUGCCAUCUGGGAUUGACGGCGGUUCCUUCGAAUGGGCUAUGGUUGUCCGUCUCCCUAAAGAGAUUGACUGGGUUGGUGCGGUGAUAGUUAGGGCGAGCCUGGCACUUCUAUCCUACGAACUCGCAGUUUUCUCGAGGACGCAUGCAGAACGACAUAUACGCCAGCCACUGAACCUGGCUCUUCUAUGCGUUGCGUUUAUACUGCUACCAGUAUUCGGCAUAUGGAUGCACUUCCAGACAAAACGUGGCCGACCGGCGUUGGUUCCUAACAGUCUCUGGACCAACGGACCCUUCACAGCUGGCGCUCUUAACGCUAGCGAGCAAUUAACGACAUUAUACUUGCAAGGUGUUCGCGGCUUCUCAGCUCUGACAUCGUCGGUCUAUCUCCUGCCUGCUCCUAUCUGCGGCGCCCUGAUGAACGUUGCUGUCGCCAUCUUCCUCUCUCGCCUCAACCCAUCAUUCACAGUGGCUGCAGGCUGCCUUGCGAUGGCUCUGAACCCACUGGGAGCCGACCUGAUAUAUGUCAUCGCGAAUUUGGUAGUGACAGCCGCAUUUCCGGUCAAGCUGCAGGCCCUCGCUGGAGGCGUCUUUCGCAUGCUUUCACAGAUCGGCAAGAGUGUCGGAAUCGCAACUACGGCGGUUAUCGCUCAGCAUAUAGCUACGCCAACGCAGGGUGCCGAUAUGAAAGAGGAGGUGCUGCGAGGCUAUAAGGCUGGCUGGUGGUAUAACUGUGGCAUGGGUUUUGAGCAGUUUUGGUGA